AUGGCUCGUAAGCGCAAGACAACAGCCGACACUGCGACCGAGUGCCCGCGGGAUCUCAACGAGAUCCCGAAUAUCGUGGUUGCAUCUUCGCGCGUCGUCGACGAUAACGCGUAUGGUAGUGAUGAUGACGACAGCGAUUUCAAAGAGUACGCCGAGGGCACCGACGAUGAGGCGGACUCGGGAGAGGAGGAGGACAAGGGUAUGUCCGAGUCCGAAGAUGACGCUGAUGGUGACGACGCCAAGGGAGACGGCGAUGAGGCCCUGGAGGAAACGCAGCCCGAGGCUCUGACUACUCGUUGCGGCCGUGUAAAGCAUGCUUCCGCCGUCAAGAGUGCCGCCAAGGGUGGCGAACAAACUCACCGCGCUCCGAAGACCCGCAACCACAUCCUGGUGAAGCGUAGCGACUGGGCGCAGCUUGAGAACACAACCUUCGUGGCUGCGCGCUGGUUCAUGAAGGACGAGCUCGAGCCUCUCCUCAAGAAGCAAGGCUCGGAGUAUUGGGUGCACCUCGUCAGUCAAAUCGAGAAGGAGAACCUGGGGUGGGUCCGCGGCGUGAACGCGGUGCAGAAGCAGUGGCGCAACCUCGUUUGCAUCUACAAGAAGCUCAAGAAGGGGGAGAAGGCGUCUGGCAAGGGUGCGGUGGCGAAGCCACACUGGUUCCCGUACAUGGAGCUCUUCCAGAACAACCGGGCCGUCGCCAACCCGCAUGCCGUGGACGGCGGUGGUGCGAGACAUGUGAAUGUGCCGGCCAGGUUCGCGGUGCCGUGUACUCCUCCUUCCAAGCGCCUGCGGGUUGCAGAGACAGCCACCAUGGCCGCCGCAAAGCUGGUCUGUAAGACCAUCAAGGGAUGCCACGCGGAUGCGAUGACCAGGCUCGAAGGCCUCGUCCACGCCUGGAUGCAGCAGGACGAGCGGAUUGUUCACAAACGCCUGCAGCAGACGGCAGCAGCUCCGACGACGCGCAACGACGUCCCCGCGGAUGCUGAUACCCAGCCCGCUACGAACGCCGCCAAAGGCGGCGACGACGGAUGGUUCCGUCGCGCGCAGUCUGGCGACGCCGCUGCUAACCCGGAUGCGAACGAGGAGGUGUGGGUUCGCGGCUACGCCGAGUAA